AGCCACUUAGAAUCGCUAACCGCCCUUCAGAUUGCGUUUGCCAUAUUUACCAAGGUCUUUUAUAAUGUGUAUCUGCACCCUCUCGCACAAUUCCCAGGACCAAAGUUCUACGCAGCAUCUCCCAUUCCUGUAGCACUAGCUCAGUUGAGAGGAGAUUUCCAUCAUUUCACUCAAGCGGCGCAUCGGCGAUAUGGAGCUGUGGUUCGAAUCAGCCCAAAUGAAUUAUCGUUUAUUUCUGCCACGGCAUGGAGCGAUAUCUAUGCAAGAUCCCAAGGAAAGCCGCCCCUUCCUCGUGACAAGACCUUCUUCAACGAUAUGCUGGUUGAUGAGAAAACCUUAACGAUGGCGGAUGAUCAAAACCAUGCUCGAAUGCGGCGAGCUAUGAACCCGGCAUUUGCACCACGAGCGUUGGCUAUGCAAGAGCCUAUUCUACAAAAGAACGUGGAGCUUUUUUUAAAUCAAUUACAAAGUCGGUCACUGGAGGGAAUGCCAAUCGACUUGCGUCUUUGGUACAACUUUAUUACGUUCGAUCUAAUUGGCGACCUCGCAUUUGGAGAGUCAUUUGGUUGUCUAGCAACAUCCACCUACCAUGAGUGGGUAAGCUUUGUCCUAGACCAUUUCUAUAUGUCAACAUUACUCCAAGUUAUACACCGAUUUCGUCCCCUAAAUCGGCUUUUCGCUGCUAUAAUCCCUUCGUCACUUGCAGAGAACAGAAAAACACACGAGGAAAUGGCACUCGGGAAAGUGCGCCGGCGCAUCCAAAGGGGCACAGAACGGCCAGACUUCAUGCACCCUUUGAUCGAGGCCCAGAAGAAGGGCACUAUUAGCGCAGAGGAGCUGGAGCAACAAGCCAGUAUUCUGAUCCUGGCAGGUAGUGAAACAACCGCAGUGGCUCUAACAUCUGCCACGUAUUUGCUAUUGCAAAGUCCAGAAGUAUUGACAGAGCUAAACAAGGAGUUGCACGCCAAUUUCCGGGACGAGAGUGAAAUCGAUGUCUUGUCACUCAAUAGGCUACGCUACCUACAAGCCAUCAUCGAGGAAACACUACGCCUGUUCCCGCCGAUCACAAACGGAUUUCCUCGACAAACUAUGGCCGGAGCUACCGUUAUUGAUGGAUAUUCUGUUCCGGAUGGUACUGUUGUCAAUAUCAGCCACUGGAGUGCGUAUCGCAGCGAGGUCAAUUUCUCGACACCCGAUGAAUUCAUCCCUGAUCGCUGGCUGGGUAACUCGCGGUUUGACGGGGAUGCAAAAGAUGUAUUUCAGCCAUUCUCCGUCGGACCUCGUAGUUGCAUAGGGAAGAAAUUUGCAUACGACAGCAUAAAACUCGUUCUGGCUCGGACCCUCUGGAGGUUCCAGAUGAAAUUGGAUCCCAGCAGUCAGAGGAGCUAUCUGGCAGAUCCAGUCUCAUUUGUCUCCUUCCACCAGCCCCCAUUGUUGGUCAAUCUGACUGCUAGGGAUAAUUGA